AUGGAGGCGGCGAUCGGCGCAGCGAACGGGCUCAUCGGCAGUGUGUUGAAUCACCUGUCCAAUGAGUUUGUGGAGGCGUUUGUUGCCAGCUCCCAGCUCGGCCUCAACUCGGAGAAGAUGAAGGGGGAUCUCCUGCUCACGCAGGGGCUGCUGCACGAGGCCCAAAGGAGGGGCGUGAGCGACAACCCUGGUCUCCAGGGGUUGUUGCAGAAGCUCAGCGCCAAGGCCGACCAGGCCGAGGACGCGCUGGAUGAGCUCCACUACUUCAUCAUCCAGGACCAGCUCGACGGCACCCACUACGCGAUGGCAGACCUAGGUGAUGACAUCCGAGGUCAUGCUCGCCACGGUCGCCAUGCUCUUCGCCACACCGUCGGUAACUGCUUUUCGUGCUUUUCUUGUUCGCGCAUGAAAGAUGAUGAUGGUGUUGCUGCUGCUGUCAUUACUGACAAGGACAACCCACCCAAUGCAAUUCUGAACCCUGGUAGUGAUGAUAAUGAUGGUCCAGUUGCUAAGUUGCCAUUUGACAGAGUUGCCAUUUCCAAGAAAAUCAAGUCAGUGAUAGAGGAAACACAAUCCCUUUGUAACCAUGUCUCCCAUUUGCUCCACAUAAUUCCUCACCAUAGCACCACCACAACAAUCACCCAAAGACACCGUAUCACAGGGUCGACCAUUGUCCAAGAUACAUUGUAUGGGAGGAGAGCUAUUUUUGAGAAAAAUGUAGGUGAUAUCCUCACUACUGCCACAGAGCAGUGUGAGCCCCUUUCUGUUCUUCCUAUAGUUGGUCCAGGGGGUAUUGGAAAGACAACUUUCACCCAACACCUGUAUAAUGAUAAGAGGGUAAAAGAGCACUUUGCUGUUAGGGUUUGGGUAUGCGUAUCCACUGAUUUUGAUGAGCUUAGACUCAGCCAGCAGAUCCUUAGCAGCAUAGAUGGAAGCAACUCUCCAAAUCAGACAACAAGCUUAGAUCAGCUCCAAAUAUCCAUAGCAAAGGGACUCAAGUCAAAAAGAUUUUUAAUUGUCUUUGAUGAUAUAUGGGAAUGCAAUGGUGAGGGAUGGAGAAAAUUGUUAGCUCCAUUCAUGAAGGGGGAAGCCAAGGGUAACAUGGUUCUCGUCACAACCCGAUUUCCAACAAUAUCUGAAAUGGUGAAAACAGCUAACACAAUAACACUGCAAGGUCUGGAGUUUGAUGAAUUCUUCACAUUCUUUAAAUCAUUAAUAUUUGAGGGCAACAAACUUGAGUAUUACCAAGAGGACUUUGAUGAUCUUGCAAAAGAUAUUGCAAAUAAAUUGAAAGGUUCGCCGUUAGCAGCCAAAACAGUUGGUCGGUUACUGAGGAAGGAAUUUUCUCGGGAGCAUUGGAUGGGAGUUCUUCACAACAAUGAGUGGCAAAAACAAAAAAAUAGUGAUGACAUUAUGCCAUCGUUGAGGAUUAGCUAUGAUCACCUUCCUUUUCAUCUAAAAAAAUGUUUUUCAUUUUUUGCCUUGUUCCCUGAAGAUUACUGGUUUAGGAGUUUAGAUAUUACAUAUUUUUGGAUUGCACUAGGGGUCAUAGAAAAAGAUGAGAAUUAUAUUGAAGAAUUUGUAGGCAAUGGUUUUCUUGUGAAGGAAGUAGAUCAUAACAAGGAAACAUACUAUGUAAUUCAUGAUUUAUUACAUGAACUAUCUAGAAGUGUUUCAUCACCAGAGUGCCUCAACAUAUGUAGUUCAGGUUUUAAAGCUGGUGACAUCCCACAAACUGUUCGACACUUAUCCAUCACAAUGGAAGAUAGGUUUGAAGGGAAUUUUCGGGUAGAAAUGAUUAAACUGAGGGCCAAGAUAGACAUUCGCAAUUUACGGGUUUUGAUGAUUUUUGAAGCACAUGGAAACACAAUAGAUGGAGUUCUGAAAGAUAUUUUUAAGGAAAUAGCGGGUCUCCGUGUCCUAUUGAUAGUAACAGAAUCCAUCAAUGCUUUGCCACUCAACCUUUCAAAACUUAUCCACCUUCGAUACCUAAGAGUUGCUAAUAAACUACACAAUGCCGUGACAUGGUCAUACUUGAUUGAUGAUGAAGUAAUUUUGCCUACCGCACUAUCAGGAUUUUAUCACUUGAAGUUCUUAGACCUCAGAAGCCUGUAUCCUAGUGAGAAAAUACCUAAAGACUUUAACCGCCUUAUCAAUUUAUGCUUCUUCAAUGUUGAUUAUGAACUCCAUUCAAAUGUUCCUGGGGUCGGAAAGAUGAAAUGCUUGCAGGAGCUAAAAGAUUUCCGUGUUAAAAAAGAGAGUGUUGGGUUUGAACUGGCAGAGUUGGGGGAACUAACAGAGCUUGGAGGUGAACUGACAAUACAUAAUCUUGAGAAGGUGGUAACCAAGGAAGAGGCUAUAGAAGCCAAGCUUGUGUGUAAAAGAAAUUUGACAAAGCUGGGGCUAGUUUGGGGUACAGAUCACAAACAUAACACAGAAUCUGAUGUUCUUGAUGCUCUUCAGCCACACCGUAAUCUUGGAGCACUUAGCAUUAUAAAUCAUGGUGGUAUAACUGGUCCUAGUUGGUUGUGUGGUGAAAAUAGCCUCAAAAGGUUGGGGUCUCUCCACCUGGAGGGUGUGUCUUGGGGCACCCUUCCACCUUUUGGCCAGUUAUUGCAUCUCACGUCACUCACAUUGAUCAGCAUUUCUGUACUUUAUGAGAUCAGUCCUGACUUUGGUGGUAUCACAGAUAAAAGCUUUGUGCAUUUGAGGAAUAUCUUUCUCCAGGAUUUACCUGGAUUUGUCAAGUGGGUUGGGGGGGCUAAUGCCCAUUCUUUUUCAAGGCUUGAAUGCAUCAGUUGCCAAGAUUGCCCCAAUCUGUGUGCGGUGCCCUUCCUGGAUUUGUCUGUCUCUUAUACCAGUUUGUCAAAAUUUUAUAUUGAUGGUUGCCUUGAGUUGUCUCUGCCCCCCAUGCCUCACAGCUCCACACUGACACUUUGUCGUCUGAGCCUUACUUCUUCAAAGCUGGAUUAUUCUGCAGAAGAGAUGGUCAUUGAUGGGUAUAGUGGUGAGUUGGCGUUUCAUAACCUACAUAAGUCCCUAACAAAACUAGAUGUCAACAGAUGCAACAUCACGUGGCAUGGACUGCACGACCUCACGUCCCUCGAAUCAGUUAGAGUAAGGGAUUGUCCCAACUUCUUUCUGUGGCCCAUUCAAUCAGUUAACACGCACAACCCUUUCCCUGCUUCCCUAAAGACACUUAUGAUCAAAGGAGAGUCAGGCCUGGAGUCAAAGGCUCUGCUCUCAAACCUCACUUGUCUCACUGAUCUACGACUGGUGGACUGUGACAAUUUAACAGUGGAUGGGUUUAAUCCUCUCAUCACAGUCAACCUUGAUACAUUGGUGGUCUAUAACACAGAUAAGUGUCUUGGCCGCUCUAUAUCAGCUGAUCUGUUCUCGGAAUUGGCGGGAGCAAGGACCAACCUAUCAUUGCCUGCGGGAUCCUUCCGAUUGCAAACACUUGCAAUUGAUUGCAUUUCAGCAGUGCUUGUUGCUCCCGUCUGCAGUCUCCUCGCCGAUACCCUCCACAGUUUAUCCAUCAUGCAUGAUCAGCGGGCAGAAAGCUUCACGGGAGAGGAAGAUGGAGCUCUUCAGCUCCUCACAUCCCUUGUGUUCAUCAAUGUUAUUAAUUGCCCAAAUCUGCCAUCCCUUCCUCAGUGGUUAUACAGCCUUCCUUCUCUUCGGAAAAUACAUGUCGGUUAUUGUCCUGAAAUCCGAUCUCUGCCCAAGGGCCCCUUCCCCACUUCACUGAACACACUACACGUAAAAGGUUGCAGUCCCGAGGUACAAGAGCAAAUCAAGAAAUUAAAGGGAACAAUCCCAGGUGUUCGGGUGGAUGAUUGCUGA